CAUCAGACGCAAUCGUGACCAAAGACGAGGAUGGCUCGUGUGCAUCGUAAUUCUUCCCACUGCGGCCACCGCUAUAAAGGAGCUUUCAACUGCAAGGAGGGCAAUUCCAUAGUUAAACACGCUGCAACAACAUGAACUUCGUAUUAAUCCCAUUCUUUCUAGCGGCGAAUGUCACCGUGAACGACAUGAGCGAAUGGGUCUACGGGCCAGAAUUCGUCUACCACGUCAAUCAGACCUUCGUGAUAACUAAGGACCUGAGCACGAAACCACUUAGCCUCGUCAGAAUGACCACGGACCUCACCUGCCGACCGCACAGCCAGGAUACAUUGUCCUGUGGCUUCGGUACGUUCGAGAUGAACGCAACGGACGAGAAGUCGGUAAAAGUGGAGAUCGAGCAACCCUUCCUCGUCAAGUUCAACCGUCGCGGGGUACAAAGCCUGCAUUUCACGGAGGUGUUGGAGAGCGGGAAGCUGCUGACGAUCAGGGACAUCGUCAAGGAGUUGAGCAUCGGUGCGGACCUCGUCCAAAACGCAAACGCUUUCCCAGCGUUCAUGGCGAUGGAGAACUACGUGCUAGGCGAGUGUGCCACGUUGUUCACGGUUCUGGAAUACGACAGAGACGAGAGAUCGUCGACGCCGGACCCAGAGACCGAACGAAACUACGAACUGAACGUGUUGUCCAUGCCGAAUAUGGACCAGGACGCCACGGUGGUUGUUAACAAGAGGACGGAGCACAGGAGAUGCGUCAGCUACGAGGACACGCUUCUCGCUAGACACGACGUGGACACGAGGCAUAGGCGAUCGGUGAGCAAGAUGACCAUCAAGGCUGACGCAUUCCGAAGCUACACUCAGAUGAAUAUUAAGAUAAAGAAUAUCGGUACCCAAGAGGGCAUCGCCGUUCUGGACACAACCAGCGUGGAAUUGGUGGCCAUCAAGCCAGCCAAGGAGGAGCUACCUUGCUUGACCUACGACGUGGACGCGACCCUAAGUUUCGGCGAGGACAUGCAUCAUAAUUUCUUGAUGUAGAACGCGAUGCGAAUACACGUUCCAACGGAGAGGCUUCCGCAGUAGAAGAGUACAAUUCGCUAUAAGAUCGUCGACCAUUGAUAUAGAAGAGUUUUAAUAAAUUUGCACACAGCCGAAGUUUGCGACUCGCAUGUAGAAGUACUUCUGAGCUGUGUUUCCCCAUGAA